UGUGGACGCGUCGCCGGCCGGUGCGGUCUGGUCAGCAACCGUGACAUUUCUCAACCACCACCUCGGACAACAUUCCCAAGCAAUGUUUAGACGUGUUAGUCGUUCAUAGUGCUCAAAACCUCGUCGGAAGAGACUAGCCAUGCCCCCAAGGCACGUUGCCAUCCUCGGAGGUGGUUUGACCGGCCUUUCGUCCGCGUUCCAUAUCUCGCGACGCUUUCCAAACACGCAAAUUACUCUCUUAGAGAAGCAGAAUAGACUGGGAGGAUGGGUGAUGAGCGAGCGCGUAGAGGUACGCGUGCCCUCCGAGACAGGAUCGUCAGUACGGACGGCGAGGGUCCUGCUGGAGUCGGGCCCGAGGACGCUAAGGCCAGGCGGGCAGGCCGUGCUUGAACUUGUCAACCUCCUCAAUCUCGCCCCCUCCCUUCUCACCGUCCCGCGCACCGCACCCGCAGCACUCAAUCGCUUCCUGCACCUCCCCGGCAGCCCUGGGCUCCUCCGCAUCCCCAUGUCUUUUGCUUCUCUCCUCACCUCUCCCCUAGCACCCACCCUUGUCCGCGCAGUAUUCAAAGACGCCUUCUCCCGCGGCACCAGCCCUCCCCGCGCUGCAGAGGAAGAGGACGAGUCGACCGACGCCUUCCUCACACGACACUUUGGCGGGACAUUUGCGCGGACGUUCGGAAGCGCACUCAUACACGGGAUAUACGCCGCGGACGCGCGCGACCUGAGCAUACGCGCGGCGUUCCCGCAGAUGCUGGAGUACGAGCAGGCGGGCGGCGGGAGUGUGAUCCGGGGAAUGAUAGCUACUGCGCUCGCGAGGAGGAAGGAUACGGGUGAAGUGAAGGAAGGAACGUAUGAGUUGGGUGGGGUGGAGGGGCUGAUGCAAGGCAUGAGCGUGUAUUCGUUCAAAGAGGGUACGGGAGAGCUUGUGGAUGCAUUGGAGAGGGAUCUGGAGGGGAAGGAGAGCGUCAGGGUCUUGAAGGGCGAUGGUGCGGUAAGUCUGGGUAAGGGAGAGAGCGGGGAUGGCUUCGAGAUUCGGACGGCUUCCGGCACGACCCUCACACCCUCCCACCUCGUGUCCUCCCUCCCCCUCCCCGCGCUCAACGCCCUCCUUCACUCGUCCUCCUCUCGCGCACUACCCGCCCUGCCCCACCUCACCGCCAACCCAACCUCCUCCGUGACCGUCGUGAACAUCGUGUUCCCCGGCCCACCGACGUCCCUCCACCCGCCCGGCUUCGGCUACCUCGUCCCGCGCCCUGCCUCCGACUACGCAGACGGGAACGCGCUCGGGAUCCUGGGCACCGUCUUCGACUCGUGCGCGCUCCCAACACAAGAUCCCGCGGAUGCGCCCAUAACGAAAGUGACCGUAAUGCUCGGCGGGCCGUACUACACGCGCGGACGGUUCGCGCCCCCGCCUGUCGACGGGGACGGGUCUCUGAGCAGCGAGUAUGUCAGGCGGCUCCUGGACGAGCUCUCGCGUCAUCUCGGGAAGCAGCUCCCGGCGCCGCUGUUGGUGAGGGUGCGGACGCACGAAGCGUGCAUCCCGACGCCGACGCCGGGGCAUGUCGCACGUAUUGCGGAGAUGCGGAGGGUGGUAAGGGAGAGCUGGGGAGAGGCGGCGGAGGUCAUCGGGGCGGGGGUGGACGGGGUGAGCGUGCCGGCGUGUGUGGAGGCGGGCAGGACGGUGGGCAGGAACUGGUGAAAGCGACGAAGAUGCUCCAGCCUUUCGACCUUGCGUUGCGACUUGUCAUCGAAUGCAUUGGGACGUUAUUCUGCAUCUGCAUCACGCGAAACAAAAAGUUGCAACAUUGACAUUCGCCGCUUCAGACGCAGGGUGACGGCG